UUAAUAGGCUUUAAUAGGUCACUGCACAGACCACAUCAGUGGCUCACAGAGUCCGGCUGAUGUCUCGAGGACAAUCUCGGAUUUUUCUCCAUUCACAUGCACACACACUCUGAACGGAGACACCAUGCCCUUCCUCACCCUGGGUUUACUUGUCGGCGCCACAGUCACCGAGACCGUCAGGAGACUGUUCGACCAUUUCCUCCCACCCGGGGAGGCAGACGAAAGUGGGAUAGAUGACUAUUUAGGGGCCGCGGUUUCCACCGACCUGCCGACUAACGCCCAGGUGGACGAGGAGGACAGACCCGGAUCAGACUCGUCCUCCGACCCGUGCGACUCAGUCUGUAGGUUCUCAAAUUCCUAUAAGAACUGCUGGAUGAACGCGUCGCUGCAGGCCGUGUUAAACCUGGAGGUCGUGCAAAAGAAAGUGACCUCCCUUCACCCUGAACACGUCAUACAGGAAUUGAUAACGCCGGAGUUCGGAGUUCAGUUUUUGGCAGCCCUCACGAACCCCGGGGAGACUUUCUUCGCCGAGGAUCUCUACGGGGUUUUGGGCAAACUGAGCGAGACGCUCCCGAAGUUGAAGUUGCUGGAGGCCAAUAAGAUCCUUGACUUUUUGGAACCCCUGCUAAUGUCGCUCAAUCGGUGCGAGGUCAAAACGAGCGUCGAGAUAGAAGAAAUGAGCCGGUGCGAGCGAUGCGAGGAGGACGUAUGGAGCAAAGAGGAAACGUACACCUAUGUUUUGCCAGCGCCGGGUGAAAAUGACUCCAUCACAUCCCUCUGGUUGCGCUCGGGGAUUGAGAUCAACAAGCCGGGACGGUGCAGGUGGUGCGGCUUCCCAAUGAAGACGGAGCAGACGGUGGUGUUGCCCGACGUUUUGACACUCUGCGUGCCCCGGAAAGUCGAAAACGACUCGGUAGCGUACAGGCCCGUGGCCCCGUGCGAGUCCCUGGAGUUCGUCGUGGACGAGAGCACGACGCUGAGCUACCGGCUGUCCUCUGUCAUCUGCGUGGGUUACUUUCGCGGCGGCAUCGGGCACGGUUGGACGUACUUGUUUAAAAAACGCGCCAUCGUCAAGGCGGAUGCCGGUCGCAUAUCGGUCGUGGAGUUCUGCGGGCCCGACUGCAUUUGUCACCGUGGGGUCUAUUACUUCUAUGAGAGAAGCUGCGCCGACACAGUGCCGGUCAGGGGUGUCGUCAGGAUGUCGAAGCACCGCCGGGGGCUCGGGCCUGAGCAGAAGUCUCCUGAUCUCUGCCCAAUAUUUCAGUGUAAAGUUUAUAUACAAGGCGAGGCGUGGUUCUGUAGCUGUGACAAACUCUGUUCUGUCUGAUGACCUCUAUUUCCCCCCUCCGGUAGCGCUCUCUCUCUCUCUCUCUGUGUGUGUGCGCCUCAUGUGUGUCACACUCCUUCUGACCUCAUCCCUCAAAGUUGAUGAUGAGGUCAUCUGGCCUGCAUUCUGACAGCAGCCACUCCACCUCUUUCUCUCUCUGUCUCUCUCUCUCUCUCUGGUCCCAGCGCUUCAAAUAAAAAUAAAAAAAAAGGAUAAAGAGCCUAUGUGUAGGCUUAUAUGUGGACUUACCAUGCAAUUAAAAGCAAAUCAAGUUGCACUGUAGCUUCAAACUAAGCACCGUGUUGGGUGACGCGUUCGGCCCAGCAGAGGCUCUGAUCAUGUCCAUGACUGAGCGCUGGAAAACCAGGAGCUUCUGACCGCUGUCUCCAUCCUCAGACUGCCCCCCCCCAAGCAUCUGCCGUGACACAGUAUUCCCCUUUGGUAAGUGACCCACUUGGCUCAGAGUUGUCAUGUCAAGUUUUUACAAACCCGGUCUCAACUUUGUCCAGGUUGCACAAGGCCAGUUCCUACUCUAUACCUUCAGCAGGCGCUGGUGACACCUGGUGGCAACAAGUUACCAUCUAUCGCACCUAUAGUCACACCUUGCUGGAGCAAAGACAAGGCCCACUGCCACAGCCAGACUUGUCCCGUCCACGAGGCCACGAUGUGUCCACUUGAGGACUGCCGCAAGAGCUCAAGGCCCACAUGAGGACGCACGCAGUGGCUUCAUGCGCAGUGGCCGGAGACGCCUGGCGGUGAGGAAGACACCCUGCUGGACAAAAGGGGUCACCCAACGUAAAGAUGAAAAGGAAAAAGAAACAGUCAAAUUGAAUGUCAGAUUUGUAUUUUUAUAUUUUUUCCUGGCUGGGUCUCACAGCACAGAGGAUUGCCAGGUCACCAGACAGCGGAACACUUGCACAACACUGUUAAAUCUACAAGUAAAUGUUUCUGUGCUGUUUCCUUCAUAGUUAAACAUGAACAAGACAAGUUUACAUUUGACUUCCAACUACUUGACUGUGUUUAACAGGAAUGACACUGAAUGUAUGAAAAUACACUUAAAGUGUUGCAAGUAUUUUGUGAAUAAAUUUCUUUUCAGUU